UGUCUGCCUCGCUGGUGAUGUCAUAGCUCGUUGCUGCUUAGCAUCUCAGCCCUGGCUGGUCAACAGAGCCAUUUUGCCUUCUGGAUCACUAAGCGCACAGCGGCCGGUCCCUGUCGCCCCCGAUCCCCGACCCCCUCCCCCUUCGGACACGGCAGUCGGUACCAGGCCCCGCAGCGCAUCCGGCCGCACCCGUAAGCCGGUCUCCCUGCUGCUCGGGCGUGAGGAACAGGGGAGGCUGAACGGAGGCUGAGGCAGCAGCCAGCAGAGCCGGGAGCCCCUGGGAGAGGCAGGGACAGCCGCCGUCAACAGAAACGUGACACCGACAAGGUUGCGACCGCGUCGGCCCUCGUCCAAUCAGCAGCCCCCCUGGACUGCGAAGCGGGGGAACCAUGGCAGGCGCCUCGGUCAAGGUGGCGGUGCGCGUGCGCCCCUUCAACUCGCGGGAGAUUGGGCGCGAGAGCAAAUGCAUCAUCCAGAUGACGGGGAACACCACCACCAUCCUCAACCCCAAGCAGCCCAAGGAGGCCAAGAGCUUCAACUUUGACUUUUCCUACUGGUCACAUACCUCGCCAGAAGACAUCAACUAUGCGUCCCAGCAGCAGGUGUACCGGGACAUCGGCGAGGAGAUGCUGCUUCACGCCUUCGAGGGCUACAACGUCUGCAUCUUCGCAUACGGCCAGACGGGCGCCGGCAAGUCCUACACCAUGAUGGGCAAGCAGGAGCCCGGACAGCAGGGAAUCAUACCGCUGUUGUGUGAAGACCUCUUUACCAAGAUCAAUGACAGCAAUAACGACAACAGUAUGUCCUACUCUGUAGAGGUUAGCUACAUGGAGAUCUACUGCGAGCGUGUGCGGGACCUGCUUAACCCCAAGAACAAGGGAAACCUGCGUGUGCGGGAGCACCCCCUGAUGGGGCCCUAUGUGGAGGACCUAUCCAAGCUGGCUGUCACCUCUUACAAUGACAUCCAGGAUCUGAUGGACUCCGGCAACAAAGCCAGGACGGUGGCUGCCACCAACAUGAACGAGACUAGCAGUCGCUCCCACGCGGUCUUCAAUAUCAUCUUCACCCAGCGAAGACACGACGCCGAGACUGAUAAUACCAGUGAGAAGGUCAGCAAAAUCAGCUUGGUGGACCUGGCUGGGAGUGAGAGAGCUGACUCCACAGGGGCCAAAGGAACCCGGCUGAAGGAAGGAGCAAAUAUCAAUAAAUCCUUGACUACCCUGGGGAAAGUUAUCUCUGCACUGGCUGAAGUGGAUUCAGGACCAAACAAGAACAAAAAGAAGAAGAAGGUGGAGAGUUUUAUUCCGUACAGAGACUCCGUGCUGACCUGGCUGCUCAGGGAGAACUUAGGGGGAAACUCUCGAACUGCAAUGGUGGCCGCCCUCAGCCCCGCGGACAUCAACUAUGACGAGACCCUCAGCACGCUGAGGUACGCUGACCGGGCCAAGCAGAUCCGCUGCAAUGCCGUCAUCAAUGAGGACCCCAACAACCGGCUGGUGCGCGAGCUCAAGGAGGAGGUGUCCAGGCUGAAGGAGCUGCUGUAUUCUCAAGGUCUCGGGGACAUCAUUGAAACAUGUCGGGGUGCAGACACCGAGGUCCCUGGUCUGAAACACUUGAUCGGUUACAAGAACCAAAACAAUAGUCUCCGGGCUGUCAAUCAAAGGGGUGAUCUCUCCACAGUGACCAAUGCCAUGACGGGGAUGAGCCCCUCCCCCUCACUCUCCGCCCUGUCCAGCCGAGCCGGAUCCAUCGGCAACCUGCACGAACGCAUCAUGUUCGCCCCGGGCAGUGAGGAAGCUAUCGAGCGUCUCAAGGAAACCGAAAAAAUCAUUGCAGAGCUCAAUGAAACCUGGGAGGAGAAGCUACGUCGUACCGAAGCCAUCAGGAUGGAGAGGGAGGCACUGCUGGCUGAGAUGGGCGUGGCCAUGAGAGAAGAUGGAGGAACCCUGGGAGUCUUUUCACCUAAAAAGACGCCUCACCUGGUGAACCUUAACGAGGACCCCCUGAUGUCAGAAUGUCUGCUCUACUAUAUCAAAGAUGGGAUCACCAGGGUGGGACGGGAGGAUGCCAGCAGUCGCCAGGACAUUGUCUUAAGUGGACACUUCAUUAAAGAUGAGCAUUGCACCUUCACCAGCAGCAUCAGCCCUGCUGGAGAAGCAAUAGUCAUUCUGGAGCCUUGCGAUGGGGCAGAGACAUACGUCAACGGGAAGAGGGUGAGCGAGCCCACUGUGCUCCGAUCAGGAAAUCGCAUCAUCAUGGGGAAGAGCCAUGUGUUCCGCUUCAACCACCCGGAGCAGGCGAGGCAGGAGCGGGAGCGCACGCCGUGCGCGGAGACGCCGAUGGAGCCGGUCGACUGGGCCUUCGCUCAGAGAGAACUGCUGGAGAAGCAGGGCAUCGACAUGAAGCAGGAGAUGGAGCAAAGGCUACAAGAGCUCGAAGACCAAUAUCGGAGGGAAAGGGAAGAAGCCAAUAAUCUGUUAGAGCAGCAAAGACUGGAUUACGAGAGUAAGCUAGAAGCCCUACAGAAGCAAGUGGACUCGCGCUAUUACCCAGAAACCACAGAGGAAGAGGAGGAACCGGAAGAGGAAGUGCAAUGGACCGAGAGGGAGACGGAGCUGGCGCUCUGGGCCUUCCGCAAAUGGAAGUGCUACCAGUUCACAUCCCUGAGGGAUCUGCUGUGGGGGAACGCCAUCUUCCUGAAGGAGGCCAACGCCAUCAGCGUGGAGCUGAAGAAGAAGGUCCAGUUCCAGUUUGUCCUGCUCACAGACACGCUGUACUCGCCGCUCCCUCCUGACCUCCUGCCCCCCGACGCGGCUAAAGACAGAGAGAAGCGUCCCUUUCCUCGCACCAUCGUGGCGGUGGAGGUGCAGGACCAGAAGAACGGCGCCACUCAUUACUGGACCUUGGAGAAGCUCAGGCAGAGGUUGGAACUGAUGCGGGAGAUGUACGACAGAGCUGCCGAGGUUCCCAGCAGCGCCAUCGAGGACUGUGACAACGUGCUGACAGGCGGAGACCCGUUCUAUGACCGGUUCCCCUGGUUCCGUCUGGUGGGCAGCACCCCCAUUUUCAACACGUGCAUGAGCGAGCGCAUGACCGAUCUCACCCCCUCCCCCACCUUCUCCGACCCCGACUCUGACAUUACCGAGCUCGCCGACGAGCGGCAUGAUGGGAAGGCGGAUGAGGAGGAGGAGGAGGAGGAGGAGGGGGAGGAGGAGCAGUUGGAGGACCUGGACGAUGAGAUCUUUUUGGACGACCCGUGCUCGGAGCUGGGGGCAGAUGAGAGCGAGCACUGCCGGGGUUCCAGCGAAGGCCAGGACCCCUUUUACGACCGCUCACCUCUGUUCAGUGUAGUGGGAAGGGCCUUUGUGUAUCUCAGCAACCUGCUGUACCCCGUUCCCUUGGUACACCGGGUAGCCGUAGUGAGCGAGAAGGGAGACAUCAAAGGCUUCCUGAGGGUUGCAGUACAGGCCAUAUCAGCUGAUGAGGAGGCCCCCGACUAUGGUUCAGGGGUGAGGCAGUCAGGGACUGCCAAGAUCUCCUUUGAAGACCAGCAGUUUGAGAAGUUCCAGAUAGAAUCUUGUCCCUUGGGCUUGUCUCGCUCGGGGACAUCCCAGGAAGAGCUGCGCAUUGUAGAAGGACAGGGACAAACAUCAGAAAUAGGUCCUUCUGCAGACGAGGUCAACAACAACACCUGUGCUGCUAGCCAAGAUGAGCUGGAGAGUCCGAUGAAGGCCAACCAGGAUGGAGCAGCAGAUGGUUUCCUGGAGCACCUGAGAAUUGGCAGCGUCUUCACAUUUAGGGUGACAGUCCUGCAAGCGUCCAGCAUCUCCGCUGAAUAUGCCGACAUCUUCUGCCAGUUCAACUUCAUCCACCGGCAUGAUGAAGCCUUCUCCACAGAACCUCUGAAGAACACUGGCCGUGGGCCACCACUGGGGUUCUACCAUGUCCAGAAUAUUGCAGUGGAAGUGACUAAAUCUUUUGUGGAGUACAUCAAGACCCAGCCCAUUGUUUUUGAAGUAUUUGGUCAUUACCAGAAGCAGUCUUUCCCGCCUCUCUGUAAAGAUCCCUCAAGCCCAUUGCGACCAGCAAGAAGACAGUUUCCAAGAGUGAUGCCGUUGUCCAAACCAGGUAUGUUAUUCCAAGAUCAUGAAGGCCUUCAUCUGACCUAUAUUUCUACACCUCGACAGUGGAAACUUAACAUCAUUCUGACACAAAAUAUGUGUUUGAAAACGUUUGAGAGUCACUGUUCUGACUCGGAAGCAGUCUCCGAUCGCGAGAAGACCAUGGAGCUCAUCCGCUUCCUGGUGCCCGACGUGCUCAGCGGCCGCCUGAUGGACUCGCUCUCGGGCCGCGCCAUGUCCGCCGCUGGCAAGGCCGUCUCCUUCCUCCUGGAUGGGGAGGAGCCUAACACGCUGCCCCCCGCCCCCACCACUAUCUACAUCCCCGCCAUGGUGGACCACAGGGCAGGCAUGCCCUGCCACGGCAUCUUCCUUCUGCACCAGGGCAUACAGAGAAGAAUCACGGUGACCAUCGUCCAUGAGUCCGGGAGAGACAUCGAGUGGAAGGAGGUCAGGGAACUGGUUGUAGGACGCAUUCGCAACACUCCGGAGGCUGAUGAGACCAUCAUCGACCCCAACAUUCUGUCCCUCAACAUUCUCUCCGCUGGCUACAUUCGCCCCAAGCUGGAUGACAGGACCUUCUACCACUUUGAGGCAGCCUGGGACAGUUCCAUGCACAACUCCUUGCUGCUGAACCGCGUCACUCCUUACGGGGAGAAAAUAUACAUGACCCUCUCUGCUUACCUUGAGAUGGAGAACUGCACUCAGCCGACAGUGGUAACCAAAGAUUUCUGCAUGGUAUAUUACUCCCGAGAUGCUAAACUUCCUUCUUCUCGGUCGAUCCGCAACCUCUUUGGUAGUGGCGGCCUGAAGGCAUCCGAGAGCAACCGUGUCACAGGAGUGUACGAGCUCAGCCUGUGCCACCUGGCAGAUGCCGGCAGCCCAGGCAUGCAGAGGAGGCGCAGGAGGGUCCUCGACACAUCGGUGGCUUACGUCCGCGGGGAGGAGAACCUGGCCGGCUGGCGGCCUCGCAGCGACAGCCUCAUCCUGGACCAUCAGUGGGAGCUGGAGAAGCUCAGCCUGCUGCAGGAGGUGGAGAAGACCCGGCACUACCUGCUCCUGAGGGAGAAGCUGGAGAGCAGCCUGAUGCUGGGCCAAGACUCCCUGUCAUCCUGCGGCAGUGAUGACCUGAGCGACUCCUCUCAGUCCUCGGGCGACAGCAGCUUGUCCGGGCCCAGCUCGGUGCCCAGCGCCCCCAGCGAGAGGCAGCUGGAGCUGGCCGCCAAGUGUCUGAAGCUGCUCACUCACACCUUCAACCGGGACUACAGCCACGUGUGCGUCAGCGCCAGUGAAAGCAAGCUGUCUGAGAUGUCGGUGACACUCCUGAGGGAUUCCUCUGCCUCUGGCCUGAGCACUAUGACGCCUUCCUCUACCUGCCCAUCAUUGGUCGAUGGUCACUAUGGCAAUGCUGAGCCCAGAACCCCAGAACUGCACUCCCGCUCUCUCAGCCCUGAAUUCGACCCACUCCUGGAGGGAGAUCUGAAGAAAUCCCCCAGUGGUGGACCGGAGGCCAAAACAAGAGUUCGCACAUUCGUCCCUGACAUCCAGGAGAUCCGUGUUAGCCCCAUCGUAUCCAAGAAGGGUUACCUGAACUUCCUGGAGCCCCACACGAACGGCUGGGUGAAGCGCUACGUUGUGGUACGCCGGCCUUAUGUCUACAUCUACAACACGGAGAAGGACACUGUGGAGAGGGCCAUCCUUAACCUGUCCUCUGCACAAGUGGAGUACAGCGAGGACCAGCAGGCCAUGCUGAAGACGGCCAAUACGUUUGCUGUGUGCACCGAGCAUCGUGGGAUACUGCUUCAGGCCAGCAACGAUAAAGAAAUGCAUGACUGGCUGUACGCGUUUAACCCCCUCCUCGCCGGAUCCAUCAGAUCAAAACUUUCCAGAAGAAGAUCUGGACAGAUGAGGAUGUAAUGUGUCACUCUGCUUCAUCAGCCCACAGCGAGUUUUCUCGAACAGAUUGAUAAAGACUAACCAUGUAUAUAGAUCACCUGACUUAACACCCAUUACCAUGCUAUCUCAGCCCCCCCACCCUUCCCACAUUCCCAAACCCCCCCCCCCCCACACCUAUAAGCUGCCUGUACCCGCACAUGCUCAGUUGAUGAUGGUCAAAACAAGACUGAAUGCAAGGCCUCCAUCUUUGCUGUGUAUCUUGCUUCUGGCGCUGUCAUUAAUAGGCCAGUUAUUUAAACAUAGUUUACGGGGACUUCAAGGUCCUAGAUUAAGGAAACUUCUGAGUCAGGGGAGCAAAGGAUGUUGGUAUGGAAUGUGUCUUUUCCACUUGGAACUCGUGCAACAGCUCUUACACACUUUCUCAUAUAAUGUAUUGACAGAGAAUGAGCCCCAAUGUCUUUUCACCCCACAAUAGUGCGUAUGUUAAUUUGAUGAAUUUAGGAUUGUUUUUCCCCACCACCGGAACCUCAGCUACCUUAAGAGUGCAUACAGAAGCGCUCCCUUCGUGAGAAUGUAUAACUUCAUAGGUGCUUUUGUCAAGUCGAAGUCGGUAAACAUCAAGUAUUUCCGUGUUAAUUUCCCAAGAGCCUCGGUAACCUGCGGCGACAUGGGGUUAGACUUCGUACUUGACAUCCAACAGAAACACUUGUGUUGCCUGGGAAACACUUGUGUUGUUUUGCCCAGCUCAACUCACUCAGGCAGAAGGAUCAGUAUCUUUUGACAAAACUGCUUUCGGGCUCGCUAGUAUACAAUAGUGUCUCAUUACUCCGUUACCGAUGAUUGAUGACACCAGUUAGCACCUCCGGUGAUCCCGUUAUGCUUUUUGGUAGCUUUUUUAAGACCUUUAAAAUCAACACCCCCUGUCUUUAUGUCGUGCAUGAGUCUGGGCUCUCGUUUGUGUCGUCAGAUUUUUAUUUAACCGCAUUAAUUUAUAUAAGCAUUUAUUUAUUUAGAAAGUUGUUUAUAUUUUUAUUGAUCUAUGAAGCAGUUUCUGCAUAUAGCACUUUCUGUCACGACUUUCCGUAAGUUAACCAAAAAAGGGUAGGAUAAGUGAAGAUCAUUUUGGCUGCUAUGCUGAGUAUAUAAACUAAAUUGUGCUAGUGUUUUCUGUUUCACAAAAAUAUGAGUCCAUAGUCCGAAAUAGUUUUAAAGCUCUUGGCUUUCUUUGACCCCGGAUAAAACAGACAUUACCGUUAAUUUGUCUAAAGGCCCCCCCUCCGCCCAGGUAACUGUUACUGACAAAUCACUGGCAUUGUGUGGCGUUGCAUCCUUUACUCUCCCCUUUCAUGCACAAAAUAAGAUACAAUGGAGGUAUUUAGGUUGGUAAAAGUCCGUGAGUAAAUGUGUACCUGCAAGUGAAAUCUGUAGCGUAGCGCCAACCCUUUUGGUCAUGCCAUGAGCAUUGCUUUUGGGACAACACACGUUCUGCUGGUGUGAUCUCCACUGCUUGCCUGUCUUCUCUUUGAUAGAGAAAUAUACACUUUUUUUUCUGUAAAAUAUAGUGUAGAUGUAAUGCACUGACUGUGCCUCUUUGGAGUCUUUGAGUUGCAAAUGCAAUUUUAGGGUAUCUUAAAGUGACGUGUAUAAAUUACAAAUCUAGACAGCUACUUACUGGUGUCACGCUAGGGACACAUAAACUCAUGUACUGUACUCAGCCUUGUUUUUACUUCUGAGAAAGGAGGGAGCCAGCUUUCACGGUUCCGAGUUUCCCACCUCACCUUAAACUCUUUGGCCUGUCCGUCUUGGUUUUCCAUUUCAGUUUUUAAUGCUUCGAAGAGUUUUUGUGUUGUCUUCCUCCUAUAAAAUCCAGCCGAAUGUUCUUAGAUCUGUUUUUUGUUGUUUUUUUUUUUGGAAAGCUUCCCAAAAAGAUGCUGUCUACCAGAACCCACUAACAGUGUCUGUCCCUUUCAUCAUCUGACUACCCUGUCCAAACUACAACUUCUGGGCAGCAGAACUGGAAACUGCUUAAUCUGAAGGUCUAGAAAAGCACUCCGGCUUUAAGAGAGAGAGUAAUGACUGGUUAAGGGCAUUGUCGUUCCCAUCUUGUUGACUUUUGAGAUCUCAGCAGGAAGCUCAGACAGUAAUGUUGUGUAUUUGGAUAUCCCAAGGGUCAUACAAACAUACAUGCUGCAUUCUACUGUGCAAACAUGCCCUUGGCCAACCAACCAUUGGCAUGUUUUGAGGAUUGCUACUUGUAUGUUUCCAUAGUGACACUGAUGUCAUCUGGUGCGAGUCAUGUGGUCUUCCAGCAGCACUGGGUAUUUGGACAUGCCUUGGGCCAGCCAACCUACAGAGCAUGUUAAGAGAGGUAACAGAAAGCAUUGCACCAUGGGAUAUCCAAGUCAGCAUAACUGAUAUUAAGUCAGAUGCGUGAAGUUUAUCUAGACCUUUCCUGUGCAAAACUAGACAUUCAUUGAUAAGAUAUGAUUAAAAGACUUGGUGGGACAUUUCUCUCAAAAGGAUGAGGAUUCAUAAGUUUUUAUUCACACUUUUGUAUCAUUUACAGUUGCUGGGAGACGGCGUGUUGCUAGGAUAGGCCAUUGAUUUAGGGUUAGGUCUCAGUAGUUGGACCAUCCUGUUAAGACCACUCAUCUUUUUAAGCUCAAAUUUGCCUGAACGUUUGUUUUUGCUUUGAAAUAUAUGUACAGUAGUGUGCUGUGGGUAUUUAAAUGGUCACAAAAGCUCAUUUAACGAACUGGUAGCAUUCAAGUUGACUCCCUGUACUUAUGUGAAUAAUGACAUGGUGUGAGACCUGCAGUACUUAAUACUUAAUAAGUGGUUUUAGUUUGCAGGCUAGUACCCGCCCCGGUGUCGACCUACUACAGCGUGUGCGAUGGCUUAUGUCACGAUUGUAAUAUUUAACGAGCUACACCUGUUGCACCGGUCAGGAACACUGGGAUUCGGAGAAGCUCCCCAGAACGUCCUUCUACCCUCACAUAGGGUACAACGACAUGCCUCGUGUCUUUCCGGUCGUAUAUUUUUUUGGAGCUAACAUUUGUGGCCUGAUUUGGUUUGGGUGGGGGACUCCUCUCAGGCCGGUAGCACGAGGUGUGUCACGUGACAGAGUGCGGCCGCGCCCGUCGGACAGUCGACCCCCGCAGCUCAGCGCUUGUGGCCCAUUUGAUUUCAGGGGCUGCGACGGGCCCAUUUGUGAUCUGUGCUUUUUUCAACCAGCCGGGCAAGAAAUAGUCCCUCAGACCAAUCUGAGGUAUUUUAGAGGGAAAACGUUUCGCUUUUUAGUUGGGCUCCCGCUCCGGCGGUGCCAGAGCCCCUCGGAGGUGGUGCCAAGCAUGUUGGGCCUACGUAGACGCCACUCUCCAUUCCUCUCCCCAACCCCCCUCCCACCCCGGUUUUUCCGGAAGCCUCCGCCUCAGUCCUAGUGCACCCCAGUAGAUGUAUCGACGCUGCACUUUUUAAAAUCCCCUCUUCCUCCCCAUCCCACACGUAGUUCUGUGCCUCCUUAUACAAGCCUCUCUCAGAGGUUCCUUCCUCUCUUAACUCUGUAAACUAAAUGCAUCUUCAUCAUACUCCUAUCAUUUUUCUCAUUUUUUUUAUUUUGCUAUGUAUAUAAACAUGAUUGCUGUGGACUGUGUAUUAUAUCGCUCUAACCCGUUUCUACCAUCCUGAAUGGGCAGUAGUUUAUUCCGUGUCUCAGACUAUUUGAGUGUUGGAGUGUUGGAGUCUUCAGAUGUUGUGUACACUUAACACAUUGUCGGAUAUUAAAUAAAUGUGAAACUUAUGCAACACCG